AUGGGCGUAGCUGGGUGGGGGAACACCGCUGUGGAUGACGCCGGUGGUCGCCAGGGGGAGCGGCCAAGGCCGGAGUCAGACGUCUGGUCGCUCGGGUGCACGAUCAUCGAGAUGGCGACCGGAGUGCAGCAGCCAUGGCCAGACUGGAGACCAGAAGAUGCUGCGGAAGCGAUGUUUCGUAUUGGUUGUGGCAACGAGCUGUCGGAAUUCCCGCCCCUGCUAUUGGAGGUCGCCCGUGAUUUUCUCGACGAGUGCUUGGGAAGGGACGCAAGCGAGCGAUGGACUGCAGAGCAGUUAUUGCAGCAUCUUUUCCAAGACGAAGCGGAAACCCCCAUGGUGGAGACCCCGAUGCUCGAAUGGGCAAACUUAGAAUUCCACGAUAGCGCCGAUGACGGAGAAAGUUGUAGUGUGAGUCACAGUGACCUUUCUGAUUCCACCGAGCUGGUGGCUAGUGGAAGAGAGAGGUUAGGAGAAUUAGCUUCAUGCAUGCAGGGGAGUUUUGGCCUGGGCAAGGAGGCUUAA